AUGGGUCGUAUCAGGCACAAGCGCACUCACCACGCCCGCCGCGACGUCUCCCGCGCCGCCCGCACUCGAGCUCGCAACCUCGACUUCGACCAAGUGCACGCCAACCUACACGACGCUUCCAAGCGUUCCGAGCUGGAGAAUCCCACUGAGCUAGAUGUAGACAAGCCUGGAUUGGGAGUCUACUACUGUAUCGAAUGCGAUCGACAUUUUCCUCGUGCAGAGGAUAGGGAGGUUCAUUGGAAGAGUAAAUUGCAUAAGAGGAAGGCGAAAAAGGUUAGAGAAGAGCUGCCUUAUACCCAGGAAGAGGCGGAUAGGGGAGCUGGUGUGGGAGUGGAUAGGGGAGAGAGG